AUGGCUGAGGCCGUGGUAUCGUUCUUAGUAGAAAGGCUGGCCAACCUGCUAGUCGGAGAAGUGAAAUUGUGGUGUGGUUUAAGCGGCCAGCUCGAGGAUCUGUGCACCGAACUGAAGCGGAUGCAAAGAUUCUUGAGAGAUGCAGAUGCGAGACAAGAUGAAGGCGAAAUGAUUCAAGCCCACUUGGCGAUGAUCAGAGAAGUCGCCUAUGAUGCUGCGGACAUCAUCGACACUUUUGCCUUCAAAAUCGCAUCACAAAAGAACAGCAACCUUCGAAAGUCCCUCAAGAGGCACUCUUGUGUAUUUAAAGAAUUAGUUGAAUUCCACCAGCUUGGAUCUGAAUUGGAGGCUAUUAAGUCCAAAAUCUCUAGCUUUACCCUCAGUUUCCAUCAAUAUGGUAUGAAAUCUAUAGAUGAACAAGAAGUCUCAGAUGGGACAUACAAAAGGCAACCCGAGUUGAGACGAUCGUAUUCUCAUAUCGAGGAGGAUGUCGUUGGGUUUGAAGAAGACAUUAAGAAGUUGGUGGAAGAGUUGGUGGAUGAAAAGAAAACUUGCCCUCUGGUUGCAAUAUGUGGCAUGGGGGGUCUAGGGAAGACCACAAUAGCUAAGAAAGUUUACCAUAAUGUGAAUGUGAGGCAUCAUUUUGAUCGCUUUGCUUGGGUUUAUGUAUCUCGACAAUGCCAAGUGACCAAUGUUUUGAGAGGAAUGUCGUAUAAGCUAAUCUCUUUUUCAGAUGUGGGGAGGGAUCAAAUCUUGAAACUGACAAAUGAAGAGCUGGUGAAGGAAAUUUACCAAAUUAUGCAGAAGAAGAAAUGCUUGGUGAUCCUUGACGCCAUCUGGAGUGUCGAGGCUUGGAACCGCUUAAGUCCCGCCUUCCCGUUAAGGAAUGGACGAAGCAAAAUCUUGAUCACUAGCCGUGUACAAGAAGUGGCAAAAAGAGCAGAUCCAGGAGUACUCAUACAUGAGGCCCGGUCUUUGGAUGAGGAACAAAGUUGGCAGCUGUUCCAGAAGAAAGCAUUUCCACAAAGGGAUGAACCAGAAUUACAUGUUCACACGAAUAUUGUGGAGUUGGGGAAGAAAAUGCUUAGAAGAUGUGCUGGUCUACCAUUGGCUAUUACUGUGCUGGGAGGUCUGCUUGCAAAAAAGCAUUCAUUACACGAGUGGGAAUUGGUAAAUGAAAACCUAAAUUUAUACCUAAGAAGAGGGAAAAGCUAUGAUGAAUUCUCCGAAGUGUCCAAAGUUUUAGCUUUAAGCUACCAGGAACUUCCAUAUCGACUGAAACCAUGCUUCCUAUAUCUGAGCCAUUUUCCGGACGAUUCUGACAUUCCUACGAGGAAAUUGAUCCAGAUGUGGAUGGCAGACGGUAUAGUGUCUGAAGAUGCAAUUACGGAGGAAGUGGAAGAUAUAGCAGAGACCUAUCUGUAUGAGCUCAUAGAUAGGUGCAUGGUUCAAGUGGCAAAAGUUGGUUCUACCGGAAGGGUCAAAGUGUGCCGUCUCCAUGACCUUAUGCGAGAACUAUGCCUGUUAAAUGCAAAGAGAGAGAAUUUUUUUGAGGUCAUUCAUCAACAAAAUGAGAGCAUGUCAGUGGAAUAUACAAGUUCCUCCACGCCUCCUGUGUUGGCAGCAAAUGGUAGAAUCCGAAGGCUCGCACUCAGUGUGGAUCGGAAAGAUUCCAAAUUUGUCCUCCCCUCUCUAACGAGAACGGAAGCAUGUUCCCACCUGUGGAUCCUCUUGUACUCCCAAGUAAGAAGGUUCAUAGUGAAAGAUAGGCAGCUAAAGCAUGUUUUCAACAACUUCAAGUUGCUUAGAGUCUUGGACCUUCAAGGCAUGGAAAGUCCUGUACCAUUAAAGUUACCCAAAGACAUAGAAAACUUGAUUCACUUGAGAUUUUUAAGUUUCCGAAAUGUUAGUGUCGUAACACUGGAAUUACCAUCAUCCAUAGGAAACUUGAAGUUUCUGCAGACCCUAGAUUUGAGCAAGAACUCACUUGCAGUAGUACCAAAUGUGAUCUGGAAGAUUGAAGGUCUGAGAAACUUAUAUUUACCUCGGUGUUGUUAUAAUUUCACUAAUAAGAUGCAAUUGGGGAAUCUGAGAAACCUGCAGAUAUUGGUGAACUUUCCAGCAGAGAUGAGCCCGGUGAUGGACCUCCUCAAGUUAACCAAUCUUAGAAAGCUGGAACUGAGUGACCCUAGAUGCUUCGACGAGGUGGGUAAAAGCUUCAAGACAUCAGGCACAACAUUAAGCCGUCUCCAAUCCUUGUCAUUGAAGAAUACUCAUCAGGGAUUCACCAAAGAGAUCAGCUUAACGGAACUCCUGUUGGGUUGUCCUCACAUUCACAAGUUGCAUGUGGAGUGUAAGCUAAUGAACUUACCGACACCGAACCAAUUCCCUCCAAGUAUCUCCAAACUAAGCUUGGAAGAUUCUGAACUUGAGGAAGAUCCAAUGCCCAUCUUAGGGAAGCUGCCAAAUUUGAAUAUUCUUUGCCUAAUAAGGCGUGCCUACCUAGGUAACGAAAUGGUUUGCAGUGGAAGAGGUUUUCCCCAACUCAAGUCUCUUGUCCUAAAUCAUCUGGACAACCUAAAGGAGUGGAAGAUGGAUAUAGGAGCAAUGCCUUGUCUCUCCCGACUAGAAAUCUCCGAUUGCGACAAGCUAAUGUUUCUCCCACGGGAACUAGAGUUUGCUACUUGCCUUCAACAACUAGAAAUAAAGUACAUGCCUUUCCAGUUCAAGAAGAAGUUCGACAGAGGAGGAGAAGAGUUCCAUAUAAUUCAACAUGUAUGCCAGGUUGUGCUGUGA